CCAUCCUGUUUAUCAUUUUUAGAUUUCAUCAUGAAGAAAUCCAAAUCAUGUCAAUCCAGAAUAAAUUUAGUAUCCCUGUCAUAAUCCUCUGAUGCUGUUGCUAAUAGAACUUUCCCAUGAAGUUUUCUCGGUAAACUUGCUGCUGAACCUUUUUCAAGAACUUCAUCAAUGGCAGCAAAGAUAGGUAGUAAAAUAUUAAGAAAAUGAUGAUUUUAAUUCAUUGUUGACUCAAAUAAUUGAGUAGUGAGUUUGAAAAAGGGCUUAGGAAACUAACCAUCUGUGAAAAUGAUGGACUGGGAAGAUACCGACCGGUAUUCUUUUGAAGAUUCCGAGAGAUUUGAAGAAGACUCGCUAUGCAGCUGGCUCAGUGAACCCGAGAGCCUGUGCAAUAAUUGGAGGGGGUGGAAGAAGCAGGUGUCUCAAGGGCAGUGGAAUGCUGUGCCGUCAACCAGAAAAAACCUAAACAGUGGGGAGGUGUUAUCACUUGCCGAGCUUGCAGCCCGCACCGUGGCUUACAACAUCCCCUUUGAGGCAGUAGAGCAACGCAUGCCUGUUAUCCCUGAGCAAAUUCAGCUCUGGAUCGGAUUUUGGAGCUUCCCUGACAGUGAAGAUGAUAUUCGUCUCUACUCGUGCCUUGCUAACGGCAACGCAGACGAGUUCAUUAAGGGAGAGAACCUUUACAAGAGAGAAAAGAGCGCCCAGGAGAUAAUACAAAUAGGAUUCCACCUAUCAGCACUAGUGGUGGUGGCGUCAGGCAUGAAGGGCAAGUUUAAAGUGGCAGUCACGUUUGACCGCGGCCGCAUCAUUGCGUGUAACUGCACGUGUGGCUCUACUGCCUCGUGGUGUGCUCAUGUGGUUGCCGUCUGUCUUCAUCGCAUUCACCAGCCGCGCGACGUAUGCCUGCGCGCGCCAGUGAGCGAGAGCUUGUCUCGCCUGCAGCGUGAUCAGCUGCAGAAGUUUGCUCAAUAUCUCAUCAGUGAACUGCCUCAGCAGAUACUGCCUACUGCACAGAGACUUAUUGAUGAAAUACUGUCUUCUACACCCUCUGACAUCAACACGGUAUGCGGAGCUCCUGACCCGACGGCUGGGGCCAGCGCAGCUGACAAGAGCGCCUGGUGGCUGGAUGAAGGCAACCUGCGGGACAACAUCCAGAAGAUUGUCGUAAAGUUCUGUGUGCCUUCUCCUAUGGUGUACAGUGACGUGAACUACCUGAGCUCGACCGCGCCGCCAGUGGCAGCAGAAUGGCAGUCUCUGCUGCGUCCUCUACGUGGUCGGGAGCCUGAAGGCAUGUGGAACUUGCUGAGCAUCGUGCGGGAGAUGUUCAAACGUCACGACCAUAACGCUGUACCUCUACUUACCAUCAUCACUGAGGAGUGCAUCAAGACUGAGAAGGUGCUUGUGUGGUGGUAUAACACGCGAGUAGCGCUGCACACCGGCAUCGCUGGACAUGGCGGCAAGAACAGCAUGAGCAGCAGCAGCCACAGCAGUCAGUACGCCUGCAGCUCUUUGUGUGACGAGGUCGUCGUGCUGUGGCGUCUGGCUGCUCUCAACCCCGCACUCUCACCCGGCGAGCGACUUCUGCUCAUGGAGAAGCUCAAGGAGUGGCACCUUAAGGUCCUCGAUAAGGUCGAUAAGAGCAAAGAGUCCAUCGGCAACAAUGGCAACAGCAAUUACAAUGGAAACAACGGUGGGACGACACGUCGCGAUAUUGACAUGUUCCCUGGCUUCCGUUCGGCCAUCAAAGCUUGCCUCUUGGACUGGAGUGACUAUCCUUUGCUUGGGAUUACUUAUUCCCCUUCCCGGUAUUAUUCCCCUGUCUUGGGAUGUGAUAAUAAAUCUAGUUUCGCGUCAUUCCCUAAAGGAGGGGAUGCCAUCAGGCCCGGGACUUCUUACCGUGGGGAUAAAUCCCGAUGCCGGACACACCGUAGUGUUGGGGCCCGAGGGGUGAACCCCUCAAGGGGAGCCACUUGGGGGUCUGGAGCCCGGGAUGGGGCUGGGGGUCUCCAGCAAUCUGCUUCUAGCAGCAGCAUGAGCAGCGAGGGGUUCUGUGAUAACGAACCCACAAGAGACGGUGACUCACCACAACCUGAACCUAUUCCUCGAUCCCAUAACCGCGGUGAACGAAGACUGGGAGCACCUAGAGGCCGAGCUGGGACUUCAACUGGAGGAGAUCGUCGUGGGGCAUUUGGGGGACGUACCGUUGGAGUUUCAUACCAUGGGAACUCUGAUGCUAGCGUUGCCCAGUGGGUAAACUCCCACCAACGCAGACCAGUACACCAGCAACCCCAGAACGGCGGUGGCGUUAGGAACAACGCUCCCCAACAACAGCCCCAAGCCCAUGAUGAUCCCGGCGCUAACCCUCCCCUUGCCGCGGCCGGUGCUGGUAACUCUGGAGGAGCAGCAGGCGAAAACAACAUCGUUGAUGUUUUCUGUAAUUUACGAAAACUUGACGAUCCUUCGGAAAUUCUGCUGGCCAGGGCAGAAGGUUUGCAUGCCCAUGGACACCUUCAGGAGGCUAGUGCCGUGGCCGUGAGACUCGCUGAGGAACUCCUGGCAUCGCCUCCCAACCUGCUGCUGGACCCACUUCCUACGUCUGUUGUUAGGAACAAGAGGAAGAAGAUUCAUCCGGCGUCUCAUCAAUCGACGAUAUUAGCGUCGGCAACGCUCGGCAAAUGUGCAUUCCUAUGCAGUGUGCUGGCCGAUCUACCGCAGCACACGCAUCUUGCGUUCAAACUCGCACUCUUUGGGCUGGAGAUGCCACGUCAUCCUGCUAGUACUAAACCACUGGAGGUAAAGCUGGCACAUCAGGAGCUGGAGUUGGUGCACCAGCUGAAGCGCAUGGCGCUGGGAGGUCGCGAGCUGAACGUCAUCAGGGAGAAAGCUGAGGAACUGCGCUAUGGCUCUUUGCGGUCCCGCGGACACGCUCUACUUCCCCUAAUGCUGGCCACCUUCGUCUUUGAUGCUCUUGUUAAUCCCAACGGAGUGUCUCGCUGCAGCGAAGGGCCGUGGGGCGUGGACGCCGUGUCACGCGCCAGCGACGAAACUGCAGGUUUUGAGGCCGCCGUCGCCGCCCUCGCCAUGAAGGCUAACGUCAGCGAGGCUGAACAUCCACUUCUGUGUGAAGGAACCCGAAAACAGCGUGGUGAGUUGGCCCUGACGCUGUUAACGCACUACAAGGACGACCAGGCUCGUCUGAACGUAAUCAUGGACAAGUUCUUGGACAAGGAAGUUCAUCAGAUGUACAAGAGUCCUUCCAUGCCGCCCGCUUUCUAUGCGCCUCUACAGCAAAUGACGACUGCCCCCCUUGCGGUACCUGCUACCAACAGCCUUGAUACGGACAUGUCAAAAGCGGGGUCAACAUCUGGCACCCCGCCUUCUGUCAACGGGCGUUUAUGUUUACCCCCAUCUACUCUCCCCUCUUCAUCCCCAUCAUCUCCCCUCCCUUCAACGCCUUCCUCAACUGCCCCUCUGGAUCACGGCUUGGGGUGCCUGAGCCUCAACACUGAGGGAGGCGUGAGGACAAAAGAAGACUCCGGUGGCGGUAAAAGUUCUUCUAAUGGAGACGACAGCGGUGCAGCAGCAGCGGUGGCUGGAGGCUCGAAUGCUGCUGUUGAAGGCUGGGAAGAACAAUACAAGGCCUGGGCUCAGAAGAACGGCAAACAUGGCAAGAAGAAAGGUUGUGGCAUCCACGCAGCGUCAGACUCAGGAUCGUCUGGCAAUUCUUCAGACAGCGUCGCCUCGUGCAGCAGCACCGACAAGGCUGUGCCUGAGAACAAGACUCUGGACCCAAGCCAGCUGAGCUCCCAAGUUGUUCGUCCGCAAUUGCCUCCUACUCCCGACCCCUUGACUUCCGUACGACAUCCUCCGCCGAAUUCUUACGGCAAAGGCGUUCGCUACAAAGGCAAGCGAGCUUACCCAACUCUACCCAACCAACCAUCAGAAGCUAAUGCAUACUUCAUGUUUGAAAUGGCCAAGACUGUGCUCAGUAAGGCUGGUGGAAACAGCAGCAGUUCUCUCUUCAAGCAACCAAGCAAUAGUCAGAACCACAGAGGCCCUCAUCGCGCUUUACAAAUGUGUGCAUUCCAAAUAGGUUUAUAUGCUCUAGGUUUGCACAACUGCGUAUCACACAAUUGGCUCUCAAGAACCUAUUCGUCUCACGUGUCGUGGAUUUCGAAUCAGGCUAUUGAAAUUGGUGCCUCUGCUUUAUCCUUCUUGAUCAACACUUGGGAGGGCCAUUUAACCCCCCAAGAAGCAGCUAGCAUCGCAGACAAAGCUUCUCGGGGAUGUGACUCAAACACUAUCCGUGAAGCUGCUCGCCUAGCUUUGUCAUGUCUUCCUCACUCACACGCACUCAACCCUAACGAGAUCCAGCGCGCUAUAAUUCAAUGCAAAGAACAGAGCCCUGCAAUGCUGGAACACGCUUGCUCCGCCAUCGAGAGUGCCGCUAAAGGCGGUGGAAGUGGAGGUGUCUAUCCUGAAGUUCUGUUUGAAGUGGCCAGAUGCUGGUUCCAGCUGUACGAGUCUAGGGCAAGGCUGCUUCCUCGUAACACAAUCAUCGUGGCUGGGGGACCCAUGGAAAUGGCUCUGGAUUCUACUCAGCAAUCAGGAUAUCCACCUAACCUUGACCUUACCAUCGCAUCAAACCAACCUCUUCAUACCGUUCCGCAGAUUGGAGGCGUGCUGCCUUCGCCGAAUAGUCUUUUGGGCAACAACAACAUAACUAUGGCAAGCAGCAACAUGGCUGCCAAGCCUCAUCACCCAGUACCACAGAUGCAACCACAUCAACAGAUGCAGCAACCUCAGCAGAUGCAACAACCCCAACAGAUGCAGCAACCACAACAGAUGCAGCAACCUCAGCAGAUGCAGCAAUCUCAACAGAUGCAACCACAACAGCAGAUGCAACAACAACAGCAAAUGCAACCACCACAACAGAUGCAGCAACCACAGCAAAUGCAACCACAACAGAUGCAGCAACCACAACAGAUGCAGCCACCUCAGCAGCUACCACAGCAGAUGCAACAGCACAUGCCGCAGCCACAUCAGCUGCAACAGGCACAGCAGUUGCAGCCGCAACAACAGUUGCAACAAGCCCAGCAGUUGCAACAGGCCCAGCAGUUGCAACAGGCACAACAGUUGCAACAAGCACAACACUCCUGUGCGUACAGACCCACAACGUACAGCAACAACAAUCCCUUUAGUGCUGCAACUGUUGCAACGCCGUACGCUUUCCGGUGCAGCUUCGUGCCCACGGUUGCCACGCACAAUAUCAUGCACGGACACAUGCCCUUCCCGAUGUACGUGCAGCCAAGCCCCGGCCCCGGCAGCGCCAAUCCCGCGGUGGGCAGCGUAGUGGCCAGCGGCGCCCCUCCUCUGCACUACUGCUCUCCUCCACACACUGCGGCUCUGCACCUCCUGCAGCAGCCAAGCGGAGGCGGUCCAGCACAAAACAGCGUGGCUGGCAUGCCUUCAAACAUGGCCCCAAUGAUGCAGCCUCCCCUAAACCCCCAUCAGGGGGCUGGUCUCUACUCUGUGCCCGCGGGCUUCCAAGCGGGGGCUCAAAGCACUCCCCCACCUCCGUACAUGGGGGGUGCCCCUAACCCACAGGGAAUGCAGCCCCCGCUCCUCGCCCGUCCCUUUUACCACCAGCCUGCCUUGCCACCGCCAGCGUCUAUGCAACACGCCGCCCCUCAGGGACAGCAAAUUCAACAGCAGCAACAACAGGUGGCGAGAACGCGCGGUGCAGAGCAGCAGCAGCAGCGUAGCGUAGAGUACCUGAUGAACGCGUACCGCGUCGGUAUGCUGGCCAUGGAGACUCUGGCACGACGUGUUCAGGAUGACCGACCUCAGAAUAAAUACGCACCACAUCCUCCCUAUGGCGAAGAAAUUAAAUGGUUGCUCGGAGUGGCCAAGAAACUUGGUAAUCAAUACCUGCACCGCUUCUGUUUGUGCUGCGUUAACAGCGUCGUCUCUCCCUUCGUGCUGUUCGAGCUCGCACAAGAAGUGUCACAUUACCUCUCCCGUCAACAACAGCAACAACAACAACAACAGCAGCAACAGCAACAACAACAACAGGCUAUGUAUCAACACCAACUCAGAUCAUCGCCGAUUCUGCAGCCUCUCGUGCAGAAAUGUCAGCAAAUGUUCAUCCAGUGCUGCCACAUGAAGCUGUACUACAUCACAGCGUCUGACUAUGAUGAGUUUGUUAACAUCAUGUGCACCGCACGCAAGGCCUUCCAGAUGACUCCUACAGGCCUUGUGCAGUUCAAUGAACUUCUUCAGUCUCUACGCAGGUCGAAAUGCUGCAAAAAGGAACUGUGGCAGAUGCUCUCUGCCACCCUCAACCAGGGAGGAUGACGUCGCUCCUCAGCGCUGCUCAUAUCCCUGCUGUGCUUGCCUGCACAUCCAUCCAGUGCUGUGGUGCCACAGCAAUUAGAUGCUGUGGUGAUACCGCCUUCCAGUGCUGUAACAUUACAGCCCUCAAGUGCUGUGGUGAUGCCAAGUGCUGCUGUGGUGAUGCCAAGUGCUGCAGUGGUGAUGCAUUUAAAAGAGGCACUCCACCCACGCUGUGUUUCCCGCCGUUAAUGUUAUGCUGCCAUAUUUGCCAACUAUUAAAUCUCCCUCCAUCGAUUCGGUUUCGUUGUCGUCUUCCUAGUGCAUUAACUUUUGAGUACAUUUGACCUGUCGCCGAAUAAUUUCUGGCAUUCAUUUUUGUUCUACGGUAAUUUCCGUAGAAUUGCUCACUGUCUUAAUAAAACAAUAAGUUUAAUUUAAAUGCCCGAUAUUAGAGUAAAUUUUUCAUCUGUUAUUUCAUUACAGCGCUAUUUUAUUACGACCAUUAUUCUUGUUACUGUAAUAGCAGUUAACGUUUGUGCUUGAUUAGGUUGUCAUUGCUACUUUU